CUGCAGCGUGAGGAGCCAUGGCGACCUAUGUGCAGCUGAACACUGGAGCCAAGAUGCCCAUCCUGGGGCUGGGCACCUGGAAGUCCCCACCAGGACAAGUGACAGCUGCAGUGAUGGCUGCAAUCGAUGCUGGAUAUCGCCACUUCGAUGGUGCCUAUGCGUACCGGAAUGAGAGGGAGGUUGGGGAUGGGAUCCAGCAGAAAAUCAAGGAAGGCGUUGUGAAACGAGAGGACCUCUUCAUUGUCAGUAAGCUGUGGUCCACAUUUCAUGAAAAACAUCUCGUGAAGGGAGCCUGCCAGAAAACUCUUGCCGAUCUAAAACUGGAUUACCUGGAUCUCUAUCUCAUCCACUGGCCUUCAGGCUUCAAGGCAGGAGAGGAUCUGUUUCCCAGAGAUGAGAACGGCAUGGUUAUACCCAGUAACACUGACCUUCUACAAACAUGGGAGGCCAUGGAAGAGCUGGUGGAUGCUGGCCUGGUAAAAGCCAUUGGCAUCUCCAACUUCAACCACGAGCAGAUUGAAAGAAUCUUGAACAAGCCAGGACUGAAAUACAAGCCUGCAAACAACCAGAUUGAAUGCCAUCCAUACCUGACCCAGGAGAAGCUGAUCAACUACUGUCAAUCCAAAGGGAUUGCUGUGACAGCAUAUAGUCCUUUGGGCUCUCCUGACAGGCCACAGGUUAAGCUAGAGCAUUCUUUACCUCUGGAUGACCCCAGGAUUAAAGAGAUUGCAGCCAAGCCCAACAAAACAGCAGCACAGGUUCUCCUUCGCUUCCAUAUCCAGAGAAACGUGAUUGUGAUCCCCAAGUCUGUCACACCACAGCGCAUUGUGGAGAACUUCAAGGUCUUUGACUUUGAAUUGACUAAAGAAGAGAUGGCAACUCUUCUCAGCUUCAAAACGCACUGGAGGAUGGGUGUAGUCAGCCAGUAA